CCGCCCGGCCACCGGCCCGGAUUUAGAGUUUCAAGAAGCAGCCGCCACCUCCCGGGCACUCCUCUCUUCACGGCCGCAAGAUCCUCGCCUCCCAGAGCUGCCCAGCUCUCCCUCGGGGGUUCCAGAGCAAGUACGCCAAGACAACCCGGACCUCCCCUGGGCGCCAGCUCCUCGGCUCCAACCGGUCCAGAAACAAACCGGAUUUUUUUUUUCCUUCUGGAAAUUGGCUUUGGUGUACGUCGCCCUACCUCCCUCCUUCCUCCCCCUCCCAGCUCCUUUUUUUUUUUUUUUUUUUUUUUUUUGAGACAUGGCCCGGGCAGUGGCUCCUGGAAGAGGAACAAGUGUGGGAAAAGGGAGAGGAAACCGGAGCUAAAUGACAGGAUGCAGGCGACUUGAGACACAAAAAGAGACGCGUUUCUCUGGAAUCAAGGCAUUGCCUCGCUGCUUUCCUUUCCCCAGGACGGACUGAGGAUUUUACGGCUCUAGGAGGAGUUGGAGCGCUUCGGAUUGUUUAGAUUCCCCUCUUUGCUGUGUAUUUCCCCUGCACGUUCUCGUUCUCCCGCGUUUGCCUGGGGAUCCGGCGAAGGGAGGAUGGAGAGGGGGCUGCCGCUCCUCUGCGCAGCGCUUGCCCUCGCCCUCGCCCUGACCAGCGCUUUUCGCAACGAUAAAUGUGGCGGUACUAUAAAAAUUGAAAGCCCGGGCUACCUUACAUCUCCCGGUUAUCCUCAUUCUUAUCACCCGAGUGAAAAAUGUGAAUGGCUGAUUCAGGCACCGGACCAAUACCAGAGAAUUAUGAUCAACUUCAAUCCUCACUUCGAUUUGGAGGACAGAGACUGCAAGUAUGACUAUGUGGAAGUCAUUGAUGGAGAAAAUGAAAAUGGACGUCCAUGGGGAAAGUUUUGUGGAAAGAUUGCCCCUUCUCCUGUGGUGUCUUCAGGGCCGUUUCUUUUUAUCAAAUUUGUCUCUGACUAUGAGACGCACGGUGCAGGAUUCUCCAUACGUUAUGAAAUUUUCAAGAGAGGUCCUGAAUGUUCCCAGAACUACACAACAUCUAGUGGAGUGAUAAAGUCCCCUGGAUUCCCUGAAAAAUAUCCAAACGGCCUUGAAUGCACUUAUAUUAUCUUUGCACCAAAGAUGUCCGAGAUAAUCCUGGAAUUUGAAAGCUUUGACCUAGAGCCUGACUCAAAUCCUCCAGGGGGGAUGUUCUGUCGCUAUGACCGACUAGAAAUCUGGGAUGGAUUCCCUGAUGUUGGCCCUCACAUUGGGCGUUACUGUGGACAGAAAACACCAGGUCGGAUUCGUUCCUCAUCGGGCAUUCUAUCCAUGGUUUUUUAUACCGACAGUGCAAUAGCAAAAGAAGGCUUCUCAGCAAACUACAGUGUCUUGCAGAGCAGUGUCUCAGAAGAUUUCAAAUGUAUGGAAGCUCUAGGCAUGGAAUCAGGAGAGAUCCAUUCUGACCAAAUCACAGCUUCUUCCCAGUAUAGCACCAACUGGUCUGCAGAGCGCUCCCGCCUGAACUACCCUGAGAAUGGGUGGACUCCUGGGGAAGAUUCCUACAGAGAGUGGAUACAGGUAGACUUGGGGUUCCUGCGCUUUGUCACUGCUGUGGGCACACAAGGUGCCAUUUCAAAGGAAACCAAGAAGAAAUAUUACGUCAAGACCUACAGAAUAGACAUUAGCUCCAACGGGGAAGACUGGAUCACCAUAAAAGAAGGAAACAAACCUGUUAUCUUUCAGGGAAAUACCAAUCCCACCGACGUUGCUCUUGGAAUUCUGCCCAAACCACUGAUAACACGAUUUGUUCGAAUCAAACCCAUGACUUGGGAAACUGGCAUAUCUAUGAGAUUUGAAGUAUAUGGCUGCAAGAUAACAGAUUAUCCUUGCUCUGGAAUGCUGGGCAUGGUGUCUGGACUCAUCUCSGACUCCCAGAUUGCCGCAUCCAACCAAGGGGAGAGAAACUGGAUGCCUGAAAACAUCCGCCUGGUAACCAGUCGCUCUGGCUGGGCACUGCCGCCUGCACCCCACCCCUACGUCAAUGAGUGGCUCCAGGUGGACCUAGGAGAGGAGAAGAUUGUGAGGGGCAUCAUCAUUCAGGGUGGGAAGCACCGAGAGAACAAGGUGUUCAUGAGGAAGUUCAAGAUAGGGUACAGCAACAAUGGCUCCGACUGGAAAAUGAUCAUGGACGACAGCAAGCGCAAGCCCAAGUCUUUUGAGGGCAACAACAACUACGACACACCUGAGCUACGGACUUUUCCACCUCUUUCCACACGAUUCAUCAGAAUCUACCCCGAGAGAGCCACUCAUGGCGGACUAGGGCUAAGAAUGGAGCUGCUGGGCUGUGAAGUAGAAGCACCUACAGCUGGACCAACCACUCCCAAUGGGAACCCAGUGGAUGAAUGUGAUGACGACCAGGCCAACUGCCACAGCGGAACAGGUGAUGACUUCCAGCUCACAGGUGGUACCACUGUGUUGACCACAGAAAAGCCGACAGUAUUAGACAGCACGAUACAAUCAGAGUUUCCAACAUAUGGUUUUAACUGUGAGUUUGGCUGGGGCUCACACAAGACAUUCUGUCACUGGGAACAUGACAAUCACGUACAGCUCAAGUGGAGUGUCCUCACCAGCAAAACAGGACCCAUUCAGGAUCAUACAGGAGACGGCAACUUCAUCUAUUCCCAAGCUGAUGAAAAUCAGAAGGGCAAAGUGGCCCGCCUGGUGAGCCCUGUGGUCUAUUCCCAGAACUCUGCCCACUGCAUGACCUUCUGGUAUCACAUGUCUGGUUCCCACGUGGGCACCCUGCGGGUCAAACUGCGCUACCAGAAGCCAGAGGAGUAUGAUCAGCUAGUCUGGAUGGCCAUUGGACACCAAGGAGACCACUGGAAGGAAGGGCGUGUCUUGCUCCACAAGUCUCUGAAACUCUAUCAGGUGAUUUUUGAGGGCGAAAUCGGAAAAGGAAAUCUCGGCGGGAUUGCCGUGGAUGACAUUAGCAUUAAUAACCACAUUUCACAAGAGGACUGUGCAAAACCAGCAGACCCGGAUAAAAAGAACACAGAAAUUAAAAUUGAUGAAACAGGCAGCACCCCAGGAUACGAAGGCGAGGGAGAAAGCGACAAGAACAUCUCUAGGAAGCCGGGCAAUGUGCUGAAGACCUUGGAUCCCAUCCUUAUCACCAUCAUAGCUAUGAGUGCCCUGGGGGUCCUCUUGGGUGCUGUCUGUGGGGUCGUGCUGUAUUGUGCUUGUUGGCACAACGGGAUGUCAGAAAGAAACUUGUCAGCCCUGGAGAACUAUAACUUUGAACUCGUGGACGGUGUGAAGUUGAAAAAAGACAAACUGAAUACACAGAGUACAUAUUCAGAGGCAUGAAGGCGGACGGAGGUGAAAAGACAAGUUGGAGAAUCCAAGUGGAAGGACUUAACUUUGAGCGUGCUGGGGAACUGUUGAUCUGCUUUCACUGUACAGGCUGGGAAGUGCGUUGAUGACACUGAGCCAGGCUUUUCUCAGGAGCUUCAAUGAGUAUGGCCGACAGACAUGAACAAGUGAGCUGUGUUAACAAUCGGAAUCAUGUACAGUCAGCUUUCUUCUGUUGGUUUAAUUUGAAUAAUCCGAUGCUGGUGUUGAGACCAAGUAUGAUUGACUUAAUGAUUCAUUUCCACUC